GAACGCAGACGAAAUCAAUAGAUAAAAAUUGAAACUUUUGAUAAUCUGUAAUAAAGAAUCUUAAAUUGACAGUGUGAGAGAGAGAGAGAGAGCCUGAGUUGUUUGGUUGCCCAAUUUAUUCUCUCAAGGAACUAAGAAUUGUGCGUACAAUGGGGGUUUCGAUGUUGGAUUCAUCAUGGAGUUUCCGAUUAUACCCGAAGAUGUCUCCUUCUCCUACACCACAAUUCGCAAGCUCUUUGCCAGAAAGAGACCCAAUGUGUCUGGAUAUGAGGUCUUGUCAUCCGAUGAGGGCAUAUUCAGCACGAGUUCUGAAGUGCAGGUCUGUUGUGUCUGAGGAUUUUGUUGAGAGAAGUAGCCCAUCUGAGGUUAAGAAAGAGCUGGAGAUUUGCUUCGACCUCAUACAUAGGCUUGGGAGAGGCAUUUUGUACUUAGGUUCUGCCAGAAUCCCACCAAACCAUCCACAUUACCUGCAAGCACAAGAGUUGAGCAGAGAAGCAGCAAAUCUGUUGGACUGUACUACAUGGUCUGGAGCUGGACCAGGACUUAUGGAUGCUGUGAAUAAAGGUGCUUUGGAAGCUGGAAAACCGGUUGGUGGCAUCAAAAUAGAAAAAGAAGCCGGUGAAUGGACCGCAUCGAAGUUUCAUCCUUAUCUCCCUCCUCAGAAUUACCAUACUUGCAGGUUCUUCUCGGCGAGAAAGCAUGGAUUAGUGGAUGCAGUGAUGAGACACAAUGUCUCUGAUAAGACAGCAGUAAUUGCACUUCCAGGUGGGAUUGGCACGCUCGAUGAGAUGUUUGAGAUUUUGGCAUUGAUUCAGCUCAAAAGGAUUGGAUCUGUAUUGCCAGUUCCAUUCAUUGUGAUGAAUUAUGAUUCUUUCUAUUCAAAGCUGCUUGAAUUCAUAGAGACUUGUGAAAACUUGGGAACAGUUUCUAAAGGAGAAGUUUCUGCAUUGUGGAAGGUAUGCAACAACAACUUUGAAGCUUUGACUUACUUAGCUGAAUUCUAUGACUUGUCUUACAGCUCUACAAAACUGGAAACUGAACUUAGAAAAUCUUCUCGUGGAUGACUAGUUUCUUAGCUCGUUUCUUACUUUUCAACUGUAAAAGAUCAUAUUUUUGACCAUGAAAUACCAAUUUGAAGCUAUGUGGCACAUGUAGAA